AUGACGACUAUAUCCCAUCAAACCAAAGAGAUCCUUCACUUUCAUUACACCCGUUGGUCAGAUUUCAGUGUUCCUCAAUCUCCUGUAGCAUUCCUUCAAUUCCUGCACCAUGUGAGGCAAUCAGGCUCACUGUUGGACAACGUUGGUCCUCCUGUCAUACACUGCAGUGCGGGAGUAGGAAGAUCAGGGACUCUUUGUCUGGUAGAUUCUUGUCUUGUACAGAUUGAGAAGAAAGGCAGUACCUCGGAAUUGGAUGUGAAGAAGCAGCUACUAGACAUGAGGCGGUAUCGACAAGGUCUCAUUCAGACCUGGCAACAACUACGCUUUUCAUACUGUGCUAUCCUAGAAGGGUCAAAGGUCAUUCUCAGGGAAAAUGACCUAAGUUCAUUAGCAGUAGAAAAUAACCCGGAUGUGGAGUCAAUACCCCCUCCCCUUCCUCCUAAGAGGCCCUCACGCCCUAAAUCCAUGGUGGAUGGACAGACAAUUGCAUACAAGGCUGAAGAGAACAAUAUGAAGAAUAAAGGGAAAGAUGGACAAAAGGGUGGAAUGAAAGAUGGAAUGAAGGAUAGUGUCAAGUCUACAGUCGAUGGUAACUCCCCAAGCCCACCAACAAACUCAAGAGUGGUUGACAGUCAAGCACAGAAUGAACUGAGAAAAAGGAAAUGGGAGGAGAGGGAAGAAAGGACAUUUAAACUCAAUGACAAGAUCUCAGAAAUGAGGCGAAAGCAGAGGAGAGCAGAGUAUUGGCAAGAGAAAAGCAUAUGAAUGCACACAGAUGCAUGCUUACAUGCAUAGAUAUGAACUAGUAUACCUCAGUAAGUGUUACGUGUCUUUGUAUUACCUUUUAAAGUGGUCACUUUAUUUCUCAAGCUGUCUCUCUGUCAACAGUAUUGUUUUAGAAAUAACCAACAAAAUGAGACAUUCCAAUGAUUAUAUAUAUAUUGUAAAGACAUUGGCGGAAACACAUGUGCUUAUUGUUCUUUAGGAGAAGGUCAGAAAAACCCUCAUAUUAGUAAAUAGCAUAUUAGUACUUGAAACCCAACUAAAUAUAACAUUUCUAUCUACCUAUUCAAUCAAACACAGCGUUAUGUGUUAAAAAUAUCAGAUUUUUCGAUCCCAAGAGUUUAUAAGAAUAAUUUUAGCCAUUAACAGAGAUGCAAAUUUGCAGGAUUUGUUUUCCCCUUAAAUUAGGAUUUUGUAAACUUGCAAGAAUGAUAAUGGUAUGUUUUUCAAAGUUUUAAAGAAAAAUGGGAUUUUAGGCUUGAAAAAGAGAUAGAAAUAAAUAAAGAACAGGAUGCUUUAACAAGUUGGCAGCAAACCCACCUGCUAAAAUAAACAGUUUUGGUCAAUGGAACUCCCUAUUUAGCACAUCAGAGCCCUUGUGAUUUUUUCCCCUACAUUAUUACAAUUUUAAACUAUUCGGCAUUGGGUUGAUCUCCAUUGAAUUUCUAAUAAUUUCAUUGUUACUUGAAGAAGAAGAGUAAACUUGUUAAAAUCUAAUUUGAUGUACGUUUGGAGAAACAAAUUAUUAAUGAAAUUUGGAUUUAGAUUUUAUCUCACCCAAUUACAAAAUAUUAAUUUAGCAAGUCAUUUCUGAUUUGGCUGGAUUGAGAAAAGCUGAAUUUUUUUUUCCUUUAAAUUACCAUAUUUUUUAUUAUCCACUUGCACGUUAGUGAGUUGAAAAAUUGAGAUAUUAGAAUGAAAAUGAUGUAGUGCUGGUGCUCUAAUACUAUAAGAAAUAAUGAUUAAUGUUUUGUGUUCUAGUGUUUUAGUAAAAUCUUUGUGUACCUUCAUUUCGGAUAUAUAUUUGAAUAUAAAAGAAAAAGGGAAGAUAAUGAAGUGAUUUAACAGUCACCCAGUAACCCCUUCUUUGUUGGCGUGAAAUUGAUUUUGUAAGGGAGAUAUUGAUUUAAUACUCAAAUUACUGGCUAAAGCGUCAUGUCAAAAGUCUGUGAGCGUUGUUCCAUUGUUUUCUACGGCGAACCCGCUCAGCAUGCUAUUGUCUAUUUUUCUCCACUGCGGUGAGUGCACUUGGCAUUCAAGACUCCAGCGUGCCU